GAAAAACAAAAACAAGCGCACGUGCAAGUUCCGCGACAUUCCGUUUGUUACCGCGGUUCCCCCAAAUGCGCUGAUAACAAUGUCCCGUCCAAGCUCCAAAUGGACCGACCUGGGCAAACCGCUCAGCCCGCCUGUGCUGGAGGUGAUCGAGCAGCUCGGCUUCGAGAAAAUGACCCCCGUUCAGGCCGCGACGAUUCCGCUGCUGCUGUCGUACAAAGAUGUGGCCGCCGAGGCGGUCACCGGGUCGGGCAAGACGCUGGCCUUUGUGGUUCCGCUGGUGGAACUGUUGCUGAAACGGCAAAGGGACUCGGCGUGGAAGAAGGCUGAGGUGGGGGCGAUCAUUGUUUCUCCGACGCGGGAGCUGGCCACGCAGAUUAGUGACGUGCUGGGGCAGUUCUUGGGGCACGAGGAGUUGGGGAAGUUUUCGCAGAAGUUGUUGAUUGGUGGGAAUUCGGUCGAGGAGGAUGUGAGUGGAAUUGUGAGGGAGGGGGCGACGGUGUUGGUGGCCACUCCGGGGAGGUUGAAGGAUUUGUUUGAGCGGAAGGGGGAUUUGAACAUGGCAUCUAGGGUGAAGAGUUUGGAGCUGUUGGUGUUGGAUGAGGCGGAUCGGCUGCUGGAUUUGGGGUUUGAGACGACGAUUAAUACGAUUCUGGGGUAUUUGCCGAGGCAGCGUAGAACGGGGCUGUUUUCGGCCACGCAGACGAAGGAGGUUCGCGAUUUGAUGAGGGCGGGAUUGAGGAAUCCGGUGCUGGUCAGCGUGAAGGAGAAGGCCGCCGUCAGUACGCCAAAGUUGCUGCAGAAUUACUACGUUAUUGUUGAGCCGCAGUUUAAGUUGGCGGUGUUGUUGGACUUUAUCCGGAAGCAGGACUUGAAAAAGGCCAUGAUCUUCUUCCCAACUUGUGCCUGCGUAGAAUAUUGGGGUGUGGCCCUAGCCGAGCUCAUGCGACCGAUGAAGGUCCUCGCCCUUCACGGCAAGAUGAAAGCCCAACGGAAUCGAAUCCUCACAGAUUUCCGCGAAUCCGAGACCGCCCUUCUACUCUGCACAGACGUCCUCGCUCGCGGCGUAGACAUCCCCGAGGUAGACUGGGUUCUGCAGUGGGAUCCUCCCUCGAACGCGGCCGCCUUUGUACACCGCGUAGGCCGAACCGCCCGCCAAGGCCAAGAAGGCAACGCCCUCAUUAUGCUACUGCCAACAGAAGACGCCUACGUGGAGUUCCUCACCCGCAACCAGAAGGUCGCCCUCAAAAAAGUCUCCUUCGAAGUGUCCGAAAAGAAGCUCACCAAAACCCUGAACGUCCUGCACCGCCUCCAGAAAUCCGACCGCGGCGUCUUCGACAAGGCCAACCGUGCCUUCGUGUCCCACGUCCAGGCGUACAGCAAACACGAAUGCAACCUCAUCCUCCGUCUCAAGGACCUCGACCUGGGCAAGGUAGCAACUUCCUACGGCCUGCUCCAACUCCCCCGAAUGCCCGAAAUGAAGGACCACUUCAAGCAAUCCUUCAAAGGACCCGCCGACCCAGUCGAUUGCAACAAGCUCGCGUACAAGGACAAACAGAAGCAAGCCUCGUACGACAACAAGGUGAAAAUCUACGAGGAAACCGGCGAGUGGAAGAGCAAAAACAAACUGCUGAAGAAGAAAACGGUUCCGUGGGAGCAGGCAAAGCAGGAGCGGGAAGACCGGAAAGAGAUCCGGAAGAAGCGGCGGGAGGCGAAGCAGAAACGCAAAGCUGCCGUUGAGGCCGGAGAGUUGGAGGUGGUAAAGAAGAAGAAGGCCAAGUUCUCGCGGGAAGAGCUGGAGGAGCUGGCCAAUGAUAUCCGUGCGUUGAAGCGGUGCAAGAAGAAGAAGAUUACGCGAGAGGAGUGCGAUGAAGAGCUGGGAAUUGGCGCGAGUGAGCUGGAGGAUAGCGAUUAAAAUGAAGAGCGGCCACCUCCGCCCAGGACAAGGUCAAGCGCAUCCUCAACUACUGCAAGGUCAUCCAGGCGGUCGGCGGCUCGGCCAACGCCGCCACCCUACUUCCCCAGUGGUACGACGUCAACUACGCGUACUCG